CAUGACAGCUUCCGGGCAGCUCUUUUCAAAAUAAAAAUUACAAAGACAAAAAGCCAGUUUUCUUCCUGAUUAAACGUUGAUUUAAGUUUACCUUAUGUGGCUGGGGGUUGCAGGUUCGAGACCCAUUUAGUCUGUCACAAUUUUCCUUGGGCAAGACACUUGAAAGGUGAAUGGGUGAAUAACUACUUGUGUUGUAAAGCGCCUUGGGGUGUUGUAGAACCGUAAAAGGUGCCAUUAAAACAUAGGCCAUUUCUGUGCAACUUUUUGUGUUCUCGUGUUCUGUCCUAAUUGGUUUAAUUCUAAGUGUGCAUUUGCUUUGUAAAUUAAUUACUUUAGACAUUCCAGAUAAAGAUUUCUUUGCAUUUUGUAGCCUAAAGUUGUUUCCACAACAUAUCUGAUGAAAGUAGACAAAAUCUUACAUUGAUAUCAAUUUUGUUACUCUGGCGUUUUACUAUACAAAUAAAAAUUUAAAAAAGCUAACAAACUGACCUUUUUUGAAUAGCAGAGAUUGAACGUUAUUCUUAUGACUUGACAUGGGAAACGUGCUACUUAGUAUUUUACAACGUAGCCUAUUGGUAAUUAUUAAGGUAUUUUAUUAUCAUCAGCCUGCUUAAAAUAUAAAUCUGGCCAAUUCUGGCUCAACAACCUGUGUAGGAAAGUUUUUUUUAUCCAGUUGUUUUUUCAGUUCAUUUAUAUAGUCAGUGCCAGUUUGAAAGUAGAGGUAGAAGAAACUAACAUUUACUUCAUUUAUACUUACGCCAGAGCAUAGAUCAGAGCUGUUGUUCAGGCUUUACAUUACUGUAAGACAUGGCCCGCUUUAUAGAGAUGCUGAAAGAAAGUUUGGAAUAUAGAGUGAAAUGUAGAAAUUGUUGUGAUGUAUUUUUCACUAAAUAAAUAUGAUGUAAUUGCCUAUGUAUCAUUUAAAAAUGUUUACAAGCACAAGUUGUGUAUGUUCAUGACCAGCUUUUAUUAAGUUUUUGGGGCUGGUUACAUGUAAUUUGUAUUUUUAUUUCUAAAUAAAAGCUGACCAAGCAGUUACAAUCCCAUCAAAGAUCCGGCUAUGCAUCUUUAGAUACUGCACGCAUAAUAAUUAAAAAACAAACAAAAAUACUACUACUACUACUAUUACUACUACGAAUAAGAAUAAUUUCAAGUGUUUUAUUUUGAAGGACGUUUCGGGUUUUUUCCGGUGUUCCUGUUGAACUUGACACUCUUAUUUUCAGCCCGCCUUCGUCAGCAGAUCUCACGCCAAUCAUUCUCACCACUGAGCGUCAGCUGGAGAGCGGCGGUGGUUGAACGGGAUCAUGUUUUUCCACAGAAAAACUGAUGGCGACGACUUUUUUUUUUUUUUUUUUUACCCUUUUCUGCCCAACACGGAUCUAUAAUGUCCAAAACCCCAUAGGUGAAAAUCCAGAGGAGGCUUUUUCGGCUCUUGUUGCUUCUGCAGCAGCGUAGGCACCGUAAUGUUACUUCCUACCACUAGAGGCCGCCGUUGCAACAUAGAUAGAUAGAUAGAUAGAUAGAUAGAUAGAUAGAUAGAUAGAUAGAUAGAUAGAUAGAUAGAUGAUAGAUAGAUAGAUAGAUAGAUAGAUAGAUAGAUAGAUAGAUAGAUAGAUAGAUAGAUAGAUAGAUAGAUAGAUAGAUAGAUAGAUAGAUAGAUAGAUAGAUAGAUAGAUAGAUAGAUAGAUAGAUAGAUAGAUAGAUAGAUAGAUAGAUAGAUAGAUGAUGGAUAGAUAGAUAGAUAGAUAGAUAGAUAGAUAGAUAGAUAGAUAGAUAGAUAGAUAGAUAGAUAGAUAGAUAGUCUUAAUUAAGUGUUUUUAAAUGGAAAAUAGAUUAAAAGAAACAUUACAUAACAAAUAUUUAUUUCUGACAUGGAUGAAAACAGAAUUGAAGCUAAACAGGGUUGUAGAAAACAAAAUAGUUGGGAUUAAAACACAACUUGUAAUGUCAGAUUUUCUAAGAUCACUAAAGUUUGAUAGUCUGGCAAGGCAUCCUAUAAAUAUGUAACAUGCAGAGCAAAAUCAUUUUGCUUCAGCUACUGUCUGAUUUCUAGGCUAAAAGUCUGAGGUUAUGCUGGCUGAACUGAAAGCUUAACAAAAAGUGCAACAAAAGGGUAAACGUUUCACGUUUGAAGCAUGACUAGUCAACAAUGUAGAUUGAUUCUCAGUUCACAAACAUUUAUAGACACAACUCAUGUCAAAAGUCACCUCAGAACUGUGUCAAAGGGCUCAGUCGCUGAGUUGUAUUGUUUUAAAACAACGAAUCAGAAGUAAGAAAAACUUUUAAAGAACAUUUAAAGUAACUAAGAGGAACUAAAAUUGAGUUUGUGCAAGAGUUCUAGAUCAACAAGUAUUGAAUGUUUCCAGUGAUAACAUUCAGUUGCUAAAAGAUGGCUGCUUUAGUCUAGAUUAGAUGAUAAAGACAGACCAAUUUACAUAAACAUAAAACUAAUUGAGACUAACUUUAUAAGACCAGAAACAAGAACAAACAUACAAAUGUAUAAUAAUCCAAAUCACGUUGUGCAAAGAGACUUAAGUUACAAACCCGUUAUUUAAAAUGGACGACUUAGAAUGACACAGCUGUUUACUUUAUCAAUAACUGUAAAAAAAAUCUAUACUAAAUUGAUCAAAUUGGCACAUGUUGCUCUAUUAAAGUUACUUUAUGCACAAUCGUGUACUUUUUUAAUAUACACAGUUUCAUUUUAAAGGUUAAAAAACAUCCUCCACGUUUGCGGAUCAUACCCUCAUUUCUCUGGCAAGCCUUGAUCUUAUCUUAGUGAACUGCAGAGAUAAAGAUGUGAAGCACGGGUGCACACACAGGAAACAACAUCUGUACUUCUGCACCUGACUGUAGCGUGUUCAUUAUACUAAGAGGGGCUGCUGGUCUUAAGACACUUCACAGCUGUCUAUCUGACAGAAAUAGCCAAGCUCUUGACUGAAAGACACAAAAGAGCAUUUGAGGAGACAUAUCUGACUCCAGCUGAUCUAGGAGAGAGCAUCUCUGACACGUCAACAUGACAGAAAUCAAUGCAACUGAUUUCCUAACCACGUCUGACUACUCAUCAUACUACUAUGGCAAUGAUUCCUUCUCUCCUUGUGAAAAAUUUGAAACACAAGCUUUCAGCAGAGGGUUCCUGGUGACUCUUUACAUUCUGGUCUUCAUCCUUGGCUCCAUAGGAAAUGGCCUUGUUGUGGUUGUGCUGGUGAAACACAGGAACCAAACCAACUUGACAGACAUGUGCCUCCUCAACCUGGCACUCUCUGACCUCCUCUUCAUCUUCACUCUGCCCUUCUACACCCACUACAUUUUAAUCAACCAAUGGAACUUUGGGGACUUCAUGUGCCGUUUCUUAUCCUGCUCCCACCACUCUGGCUUCUACAGCAGCGUCUUCUUCAUGGUUGUCAUGACGCUGGACCGCUACGUGGUCAUCAUGCAUGCUCACAAGGUGGCUCGGUACCGCACCUUGAAGGCAGGCGUUGUUAUGAUCGUGUUGGUUUGGAUGCUGAGCAUUUGCGUCUCUCUGCCAUCUUUUAUCUUUGCUAAAGUGACAUCACAAUGUGAUGAGUUGGGAUGCCAUUACUCACAUGAAAACAAGAACUGGCUGCACUAUGAUCUGUUCUCCACCAACAUUUUGGGUCUGGUGAUACCUUUGGUGGUGAUGGUGGUUUGCUACUCUAGGAUCAUCCCCAUUCUGGUGAACAUGAGAACUGCCAAAAGGCACCGUGCUGUGAAGCUGAUUGUCUCCAUAAUGAUUGUCUUCUUCUUGUCCUGGGCUCCGUACAACAUCUCCCGCUUCUUGAAGUUUCUGUGUAGCAAUGACUACGUGGAGAACAGCUGCAACUUUGAGAACAUCAAGGUAACAACGAUAGUGACAGAGGCCAUUGCAUACAUCCACUGCUGCCUGAACCCCAUCAUUUAUGCCUUUGUGGGACAAAAGUUCAUGAGACGAGUCAUGCAGCUGCUGAAGAAGUGGAUUCCUGACUCAUAUGCAAAUUCUUCUUAUCGGUCAUUCAGGAAAAGCUCGAUUGCUUCCAAGAAUUCCGACGUUACCGCCAAUGUCAUCAUGUAGGAGGAGGAAUUUUCUUUCUGACAGGAGUUUCAACUGCAGAGCCGUGUCCAGGACUUUUAAAAUGGGGUGGCCCAUGUGGGGCACUUGUUUAUGCUUGGGUGGCA